CUCGAUCUCAAACAAUGGGCCCGGGGGUCAUCUGCGAUCAGAUGCAGUUGAGAAUACUUGAAUGUGUUGCAGUGAAGAUCGGCAAGUACUGCUGACCGCAUGGCUGCCAGUGCAGUGAAAGUCCAUUGUUGACUUUCUUCGUCUUCUUCUUGAAAAUUGAUCUAAAUCUUGUCCUUCUUGAGCAUUAGCAUUAGCUUAGCUUAGUGUUGUCUUCAAUAUUCGGAGGCGCAGAGUAGUUUUGGCUUUAUCAAUUCAUUGACGAGUAGGAAACCCCCUCAUUUUUGUUAUGUCGAAUUCGAAGUUGAGCGCAAAUUUCUCUUUUGAAGUCUGGACGUCGUAGUUUUCGUCUCGCUUGUGGGACGAUGGUGGAUAUACCAGCUACACGCGGCCUUAGUGUUCGAAGCAGUGGUCAAGAUUCCCGUGGCUCGUGUAAUGUGACGAGGGCGCUGCGUCCCAGAAAGCGUUCUCCUGCGAAAGAUGACGGUCGAAAGCAGACUACUGACCUUUUCAAGUCUUGUCGGUCAAGUUCUAAUCCAUCUGCAAUCAGUGCCAGUAUGUGCAUGGAUAUGACUCCCCGUGCGCUAAGAGCAAAACGGCGGCAGCACUUGGUUGAUGAUGGCGAAUGCCGAGAUAUACUGUCACUACCUGCGUUGAAAGACACUGAUGUGGCCUAUCAAGUGAAGCGGAGACAAGCUGACAGCCCCACGGAAGAGGUGACUGAUGUACCCAAUAGAAAACGACCAUUCAGUCUUUCGCUAGGUCAAACGAAUUUGAUCGGCUGUGCUGGAGAUAGUCCCAGCAGUGGAGUUGGCACUCCACCUCUGUCUCCGACUAUGAUGCAUCCUUGGAUACAAAUGUUCCUAUCUUGGACCAACGAGCAAAAGAGUUUUGCGCUGGACGAGCUAAUUGGAAGGUGUGAGCCAGGCCAAGUUCGCCAUAUCCUCGCCAUGAUUGAGCCACAAUUCAAGAGGGACUUCAUCACUUUUCUACCUAAGGAGGUAUCACUUCGGAUACUCUCUCACCUGAGUGCAAGUGACUUGAUCCAUUGUUCUCAAGUCUGUACAAGUUGGAGGUCUCUUUGCAAUGAUCCACUCCUUUGGAAAUUGAAAUGUCAGGAAUAUGGCAUCAAAGAUACAUCUUCAGUUAAGAAGCGUCGGAGAUCUAAUAUUCCCUUUCGUUCUAAUUCUUGGAAAAUGGCCUUCUUCAUCAAGUACCGGAUAGAGUACAAUUGGCGGCGUGCAGAGCUGCGACCCAAAAAAGUACUCAAGGGACACGACGAUCAUGUGAUAACCUGUCUUCAGUUCUCUGGGAACCGUAUUGUCAGCGGGUCUGAUGAUAACACGCUAAAAGUUUGGUCUGUCGCCUCGGGAAAGUGUUUGCGGACCUUGCAUGGCCACACUGGUGGUGUCUGGUGCUCCCAGUUCGUCAAUAACACUGUCAUUAGCGGGUCUACUGACAGAACACUCAAGAUAUGGAAUGCUGAAACAGGUGCUUGUUUACACACAUUGGUUGGGCAUACAAGCACUGUGCGCUGUUUAGCGAUGGCAGACAAUCGUGUCGUGAGUGGCUCUCGUGAUGCUACACUGCGCGUCUGGGAUAUUCACUCGGGAGAGUGUGUCUUCACACUGAAUGGGCAUGUGGCUGCUGUGCGCUGCGUUCAGUACAAUGGAAACUACAUUGUGAGUGGCUCUUAUGACUGCACUGUCCGUGUGUGGAUUGCUGAGACAGGCGAGUGCUUUCAUGUACUGCAAGGACACAACAACCGCGUCUACUCUCUGCAGUUUGAUGGCGUGCACAUUGUGAGCGGCUCACUGGACACCUCCAUUCGCGUCUGGGAUGCUUUUGCCGGCACGUGUCUUCACACGCUUUGGGGCCAUCAAAGUCUGACGAGUGGCAUGGAAUUGUCUGGUGACAUUCUUGUAUCUGGUAAUGCUGAUUCAACGGUAAAGGUGUGGAACAUCGUCUCAGGACAGUGUCUACAUACAUUCCAUGGUCAAAAAGGCCAUCAAUCAGCUGUCACCAGCUUGCAGUUCAAUGAGAAGUUUGCCAUCACGAGCAGCGAUGAUGGCACCGUUAAGUUAUGGGAUAUGCAGACAGGAGAGUUUGUCCGUGAUUUGGUCUCACUGUGGAGCGCGAGAUCUGGAGGUGUUGUGUGGCGGGUGUGCUGCAAUGACCGCAAGUUAGUCUGCGCAGUAGGUAGCAGGAACGGCACUGAAGACACCAAACUGCUUGUUUUGGAUUUUGAUCAUAUGUGAGGCAGAGCCUAAUCACGUUGACAAUGACGAUGGCAGCAACAGCAGCAAUGGCAACAAUAUCAUUAUAUCUUACAGUACUUCUAGUGACUUGCUAUACCAAGUUUGUUAUAAUUUGUUCAUACAUCGAGUUAAAUAUUUUUUCACAAAGGAAGGCGGGUCUUUCAUUUUGCAUUAUGUAUUAUUUGUAUCCCAGUUUGCCUUGAUGUACAUACCUCCCCAUAGUACUGAAAUUAUUUUCUUGUUUUUGUCUAUUUUCCACAUUGAACAUACGUCUGUGUCUGUGUUUUGUUUGUGCAGGUCAUAUACAUAGACAUGUCGCUUUGGUGGGUGCUACGUGCACUGCAUAUAUUUUGCUCCGUUUUUUGUCGAUUGUGCAAACACGGAACUGUUUUUUUUUGGGCCUGAUAGGAGGCCUUGCACUUAUUAUAGUAUUCUUGGUCGGUCCCGUCUAACACUUUUAUCAGAGUUCAUUAGUCAAGAUCAUUGUUUUCGAUUACCAUAGUCAUGAUAGACUACAAUGCAGAGCCUCCCUUGAUGAAUGCACGAGGCAUUAUUUUCUCGUGCUGCACUGCACUGUGGAAGCAACUGAGCCAUAUCUACGUUGACUGCACCUCUCAUGUUUAGAAUAUAACUGAAGCUGAAGAUUGUGUUGACAACGAAGAA